AUGUCCACCAUACCCAUCGUUAUCCUGCACCAGGGCAAGAAAUAUGACCUCGACCUUGACACUGCCAACGAUGCCGAAACUCUCAGAUUCCAGAUAUUUUCUCUCACCGGUGUCGAGCCAGAAAACCAAACCGUCCUCCUGCCUAAGGGAAAGUUGAAGAAUGACACCGAUUUGUCCUCACUCAAGCUCAAGUCCAAGCAAUUGGUCAGGGUGCUUGGUACUGCUUCAGGUGAAGCUGGUGCUCUGGUCGCCCCGACUGAGAAGCCUAAGUUCCUCGAAGAUUUGACCGAGGCUGAGGCAGCUCGGAUGGAGGGUGCUACUCCGGCCGGCCUUGUCAACCUAGGGAACACCUGCUACCUGAACUCAACCAUUCAGGUUCUGCGCGCUAUGCCGGAGUUGCGCACUGAACUCGCAAGCUACAAGUCGAGUCCUGGUACGGGUCCGAGCCUGCAAAGCCUCAACAGCCUGGGUCUUAAUGCGCUGGGUGGCGACAUGACCUCGCAGCUACGUGAUCUACUCAAUGAGAUGUCCGAUACCCAAGCAGGCUUCAAUCCGUUCAUAUUCCUCAAUGCAUUCCGACAAGCAUAUCCACAAUUCGCACAGAAGGACAAGACAGGUCGUGGUUUCGCGCAGCAGGAUGCAGAAGAAGCCUGGACGCAAAUACUUCAACAAGUCAAGCAGAACAGCAAAGGACCAGACGGCAAGCCUGGUUUCGUAGAUCGGUAUUUGACAGGCAGCGUGCACGCUUCGCUUGCGCCACCUACCGAAGCUGCGGACAAUGAGCCAGUAGUCGAGACUGAUGAGACAUUCGACAAGCUGAGGUGCAACAUUGACAGUACUGUGCAUCACCUAGCUGAAGGCCUCAUGCGUGGAUUGACCGAUGAUAUCGAGAAACGAUCCGAGAGUCUUGGCCGAGAUGCUGUCUAUACGAAGACUUCCAGAAUUUCACGCUUGCCUGCAUACCUUACCGUUCAAUUCGUGCGUUUCUUCUGGAAGAAGGAUAUUUCAAAGAAGGCCAAGAUAUUGAAGAAGGUCACGUUCCCUGAGGAGCUGGAUGUGGUCGACUUUUGCACCGAGCAGUUGCGCAAGAAGCUUAUCCCUGUUCGCGAUCAGGUCCGCAAUUACCGCAAGGAUGAACAAGACAUGGAGCGGGCCCGUAAGCGGCAAAAGGUUCGCCAUCAGCAAGAAGAGGACCGCAAGCACGACGCUGCGGUCAGUGCCGAAGCAGCGCCUAUCGCCAAGCUCCGUGAGCAAAAAGAGAAGAAGGAGACUCAAGAAGAGCGCGGAGGGGAUCUCGAUGCUUACAAAACGGAUGCCGAAUACGAAGCCGAGAAGGAAGAGGCUUUGCGCAAGGCGCGGAAGGCACUGUACGAAGCAAUCGAUCCCGAGCUAGCUGCCGACGAAGCGGCCAACAAGUCUGGGCUGUAUGAACUCGUUGGCGUCAUUACUCAUCAGGGCGCCAGUGCAGACAGUGGUCACUACACAGCAUAUGUGAAGAAGGAAGGCAAGCUUGUGGAUGAUCCCAAGGCACCUGGGGGCAAACGGCGAGACAGUGAUGGCAAGUGGUGGUGGUUCAACGAUGACAAGGUCUCGGAAGUGGACGGUGAGCGCAUCCAGACACUGUCUGGUGGAGGCGAGACCCAUUCGGCUCUCAUCCUACUCUACAAGGCUAUCCCGCUGCCCAGCAAGGAAGAGGUUGAGUGA